AUCAAAACAUUGGCUGGUCAGAACGUGAUGGCUUCCUCGGGAGAGGAAAAGGAAGAAGGACAAGAUGACACAGGUGUGGCGGACUCGGAGGUGGUGCUGGACCUGUGUGGGCGGAGACUCAAGAGGCUGGAGAAGGCACCGGCCAACCAAGCUUAUGCUACAGCACUCGUCCUUGAUAACAACUCCCUGCAGAACCUCUCCAACUUGGACAGCUAUGGCGAACUGGAGAGGCUGUCCAUCGCCAACAACCAGUUGGUGAGGAUGUACUGGUUCGCUCGGAUGUACUCCCUGCGCGUCCUCAACCUUCCAAACAACAACAUCGUGCAGGUGGAGGGUCUGCGGGAGCUCAUCCACCUCAUUCAUCUGAACUUGGCGGGAAACAAGAUCAAGACAAUAGAGGGUCUGAGCUACAACCGAACACUGGAGCAUCUUAACCUGUCUGGGAAUUCCAUCUCUCACGUCAACGAUCUCUCAAUGCUGAAGAAUCUCAAGGAGUUGUUCUUGCACCGGAACCGCAUCGGCACCCUGUACCGCUGCAACAAGUACCUGCCAGCCAGCCUCAUCAUCCUCACCCUGUCAGACAACUCCCUCACUGACCUCAAUGACCUGUCCACCCUAUCACACCUCAACCAUCUGGAGCAGGUCACCAUUCUCAACAACCCCUGCCUGGACCCCCUGCAGCCCACCGAUGAGUCGGGUCAGCCUGUGGGACCCCUGCUGGCCUUCGAUUACCGACCUUAUGUCAUCAACUGGUGCCUUAACCUGAAGGUCCUUGAUGGAUAUAAGGUCACGCCAAAGGAGAGCUUGAAGGCGGAGUGGCUGUACUCUCAGGGGAAGGGGCGAGGCUUCCAGAUAGGGGAACACACAGCGCUGGUGCAGUACCUCUCCGGGGUUUGCCUGGCGGGGGGAGGCUGGGGCGGUGCUGACCUACCAGAUGACGAUGACAAGCUGGCCAAGAUCCUGCAGUUAGCCAAGCAGCACCAGCACGACCUGCGUCAUGCUGUCAACGGGCAGGACGUGAGUGAACCAUCGAGUGGCCGCGGCAGCAGGUCCAGCAGCCACCAUGACUCACCGGCACUGCACAGGAGAAGUGCCGUCCGCUCCACCUCCCUGCGCCGCAACACUGCCCCCACCCGGCCCGCCCCUGCCCGGGAGUGCCACCGCCGCACCCACUCUCACUCUGCCUCAGUGCGGGAGUCCAGCACGGCACGCUCUUACCAUGUCGAGCUGUCCAACACCCUGUAUGGGGGAGACCUGCGCACCCCAGAGACCCCCAGCCUCAUGACCCAGAGCAUGGACCCUGCCAUCCUGUCCCAGUUGGCUGGCCCCACCCCCCGCAGCCACACAGACCUCAUGUCCCGCAGCCUGGGGGCUGAGCAGAUGUCCCGCUCGCUGGGCAUCGAUCCCAUGAGUCAGUCCAUGGGGGAGGAGGACUUCAAGCGGGCAGACUUUGACCCCAUGACCCAGAGCCAGGGCCCCAAGCAGCUGGCGCGGUGCCUGGCCCAGCCUGACCCCACGGACCUGAUGACCCGCAGCCUGGACCUGGGCCACCUCACCAACGGGGAGGCCGAGGUGUGGGGAGAACGCGUGGCCCACCCUUCCCACGGCCACCCACGCCCCACCAGUCUGUUUGGGGCCGAGACUGACCUGGCCGUGGAGGACGUGGCCCACCAAGAGGUGAGCAGUCAGCUGGUUGGCUCCAGCAAGUUUGUUCCAGCACCGGAGAGCAUCAUGAGUCCAGAGUUCCAGGCCGCUGUUGCCUCUCAGCCCGCACAAAGCCACAGCACAGUGCCGCCUUCAGGGUCCUCGGGGCGGUCCCACAGCCAGCAGAAUGCCAGUGUGGGUCGGCCCAGCGCAGCGUGCAGCUCUCCUCGCCCUCCUCCGUCCAGCAGAGUGCAGCCUUCCCCCGCCCCGCAGCCCCAGGCCUCCCCAAGGCAGCCAACACAGCUCCUCCUGUCAUUGCAGCAAGCAGGAGUGUCAGCAACGCCAGCUGCUGUUCGAUCGUCCUCAGCCACUCGUCCCCGGGCCUCCCCUAUGAAGAGUCCUGCCCCUACAACCUCCGCCAACAUGGACAUACCCAGAGGCUCUCCCUCCCGCAGCCAGCGCCCUGCCGCUGCCCCUGCUGGUGUCAGUGGGGGCCCCUCCACCCUUCCACGACCCAAGCCUUCCCCACGACCUGCUCCCAGAUAUGUGAGGUCAUUGUCUGUGGAGCCGGUGUCAAGAAGGCAAGGCAACUCAAGAAAGAAGGUGCCAUCUCCUCACCACGGCUGUUCAGAUGCAGACUCGGACAACACAGACUCAGAGAUGUCGGCCUCCAAGCUGCAGACCAUCAAGAGCAUUGCCGCUGAGCGUAAACAGACGGAGAAGAGAGGCCGAGAGCUUCCACAUGUGGCCCACACCUACGACCCAGAGAAGUACAAGAGUGGCGCCCAAGCCAGGACUCUGGAUGGCAAGAAUGGCCGCAGACGCUCCAGCAACAGCAGCAGUGGCAGCAGCAGUUCGGGCAUGACCAAGCAGCAGGCAGCCAUCACGCUGCAGAAGCACUGGCGGGGGUACCAGACACGCAAUUAUGACCCGCACGCCGCCAGGAUCAGAGACGACAUCAGGCACUCCCGUGCUGAGCAGCACAUCAAACACCUGACGGAAAAGCUGCGCAGCACGGAGGAGGCACUGGAGCGUGAGCGGCGGCUGAGACACAUGCAGCUAGAGGCAAUCCGUACCCUGUGGCGGGAGAUACAGAAGCUGCAGGCCAGUAAGAGGGACGGUGGCCUCAACACCCCUUCCACCCCCAUGACUCCCCUCACCCCCCUCACUCCCAUGGAUAACAGCAACAGGGAGGGGGCACAGGCAGGGACUGCAGCUGCCCCAGCACCUGUGGCUGCUCCGGGGGGAGGCAAAAAAUACUCAGAGGAGAGUGUGAAGGAGCUUACGCAGUUUUGUGCUGCAUUGCAAGGCCAGGUGGGGCAGCUGCAAGACUCCCUCUCAAUGGUGACACAGGUGAUGAAUGCGUUCUGCAACCUGCCGGGCUCCCAGUCCCUGCUGACCAUGUCCCAAUCCAGUGGGUCGGGUCAGGAGAGGUCGCCAGGUGGGGCCAGUUCCCCACCCUCACAGAGCAUAGCCUCUGUGUCUGUGCCGCUGAGUGAGUCUGUGACCUCCCUCACACAUUCUAUCUGCGCCCUCACCACCUCCAUCGUCAAGUCCCCCUCUGGCCAGAGGGAGCAGCAGAGUGGGGUGCAGCGGGGGGGCCAGGUGGUGGCGGCGGUGAUAGUGGGGGAGGAGGAGCACAGUGGUGGGGAGCACUCCAGCGAUGGGUCAGAAGGCACGCCGGUGGCCUGCCAGAAGCAGCCGCUGCCACACCUGCACAUGCUGCUAGACGCAGCCGUGUCUGUGGCCUCCGCUGACCUCAACUCCACGGCGCUGGACGUCUCCACGCUGUCGGUGGACUCCACGGAGGGUGGCGAGGCAGGUGACACCACCGGCCGGGACGAGGCGGAGCUGUCCGAGUCCAGCCAAUCAUCACUCUCCGGCAGCCUGUCGGGCAGCUGCUCUGGAAACCAGUCUGAGGGUGGCAGGCAGGGCAGUGCUGGUGCUGGUGCUGGCGUUGGCAGUGGUGCAGGGGGACCUCUGCGGCCAUCGUCCCUCCCAGUUGCCCGCCCCCACACCCCCCGCACCACUGCCUCCUGACCCGCUGGUCCUCCUUCUUCACUGCCCCUCUACCUGCUCCCUCCCUCCUCCUCCUCUUCCUCCUCCUCCUCAUCCCUGUGCCUCCCCCUACGGCCAGCACCGAGAGCUAUCCAGCACUAUGCUUCAGCCCUGUUAUCCUCAGUGUUCAUGGACCUCACCCUGCCAGCCCCCUGCCAGCCACACUGAGGCCACACCACACCACACCACACCACACCACACCACACCACACCACACCACACCACACCACACCACCAUUCUGCCAGCCUGGUGCCAGCCCAACUGAGGCCCCCCCUACCACCACACCACCACACUACCACAGGGAACACAGGCACACCACAUUCUGCACCACUCACUUACACACUCACUCACUGCUUGGCAUUUAAUUAUUUGGACACGUUUGAUCUCAACAUUCUGGCCUGUCUGUAACAAGGAAGGUCAUGGUGAGUCGCAGAGUGUGACUAGUGUGAUUUGCAAAGGCCAGCUGGUGUUACAGACGGGUUGUGUCAAAAACUAACUUGGCGCUAGUGAUGAUUGAAGCUUGAAUCUCUGCCAAAGUUGAGUCGAGGAAUGUGGUUUUCCUGUCAGCUAAGAGAAUGCUUAGCAGGGAACUGUCUGCCUCACUGCAUGGCUUUGGUUCUCAUUAAGGUUGUGUCUGAAUGGAUAAGCUGCUACGUAUGUGUACAGUACAUGCCACAAUCAUGAUUAGAGUAAUGUGUUGCCUCCUCAGAACCUUUCAGUAAGUCAGUACUCAUGACAAAAACAUCAUUACUCUUAUUCACAAUUAGUCAAUACAAAGAUGUGAUUUUUUUUAUUUGUACUUUGGAAAUGCUUGUGUGUGCAUGUGUGUGUGUGUGUGUGUGUGUGUGUGUGUGUGUGUGUGUGUGUGUGUGUGGAUGUCAGCCUGGUGUUUAGAAAGAUGGGUAGACCAAGAUUACAAUGUGUUUGGGACCUUGAAAAUUAAGCCUGAGUUCAUCCAUCUCUCUCUACCCUGGCCUGCCAUCCUUGGAAGGCACAUACGUACAUUCACAAGCAUUCCUUCUCUUUAUGGUAGAAUUAGAUCACGCAAAAACUAUCAUCAUCAUUUCAUCAGUAUUUUGAGAAGCCAUUUGCCAGAGCAGAAGGAGGAGGCUUUUAUGUUCCUGGAGGAGGAGGAGGGGGUCAAGGUGUCUGAGAUAUAGAAAGUUAAAUAGACAGAUAAUAGGACAGAAGUUCAUUAGAUUUUUUGGUUGAUAAAAGUAAGUAUAUUGUAGUGAUGGAGACUUACAGGUAAUAACUUCAUUACAUCUUUGGUCUGUGAAAGCAAGUAUACAUUUAGUUGUGUUGGAAAUUCAUAGGCAGUUAGUUCAUGGUAUGUUUUUUUUUAGAAGUAGAUUUACUGUAGUGAUGAAGAUUUUUGGGCAGAGUUCAUCAAAAGUUAAUCAAUUUUGAAAGUAAGCGUUGAUGUCAUUGGUAAUAUUUUCUUAGUUAGCAACCCAUGCAUCAAUUAGCAGUGAUCUUCAGUUGUGAGAUUAGAAAGUGCAUAUAUAUAUUCUAUAUAUACUCUAUAUAUUAAAAGAGAAACACAUGAGGCAAAGCUAUUUAAAGUACUCAUAUUCUUAGGAGAUAAGAAAUUGUCCUCUAUAAGUGUAACAAAAAACAAGAUAUAUUUCCGACGAAGGAAGGUUCCAUAUUUUUGUGACUGUGAUCUCAGUAUUGGCUGGCAGACAGUUCCCUGCACCGCUGCAUCUCUAUGGCUCCUUUGUCAUGUCACAAGAUUUUCACAUAUAAAAGUCUCAAUAUUUAUAUCACAAGACCUCAAUGAGCACUCCACUCCUGUCAUUCUGUGCAGGAUUGAACCGUGACGUCUCGGUGAACACACUUUCCUCAUGACAGGGAUAAAGACCAUGCUGAUAAAAAUGUAUGCUUUACUGAUCUCAUCUUGGGUAAUGCAGCUCAAAACAGUUCAGCCGUUGACUUAACUAACGGAUAACACAGCUGGAUGACAGAAGUGGAUGAGCGAAUUGAGGACUGUAUAUUUUGAUGAGUGUAGUUGUCCCAAUCCAAUGAGUGAGAGAGAGAGAGAGAGUGGCUCCCAGCGAGUGGUGGCCACAAAGCAGGCAUUCCCAUGUCACGCGGGCACAACUUGACCCUUAGCAGCGCAGCUUUCCCUCUCCUGUGUGUGGGCCCAGCACGGUACCACCGCCACCACCGCCGCCGCCGCCGCUGUCAUGAUGUGUCGUUUGUACUGCGGAGAGAAGCAUGUGUGUCAUCUGGAGGCCAAGUAUUCUCUAGUCAUGGAUAGUCAUCAUAUGUUUUCAAUGUGCUGUGUUAGUCAUAGUGGCAGCUUAGUACUGACGACAACAUGAUCCAAGACUGUAUUGUUAUUUUAAGUCCUACAUACAUACAUAGUGAAAGGAUUGUUUUAGGUGUAUAUAUGUGUAUGAAUUUUAUUGUAUUGUUUUUAUUAUUCUGUUGCACACAAACUAGGAUGUAUACUCUUCUUUUGUAUUGAGGAAGGAGGUGGGAAGGUUAUUAUUGGGCCUGCUUGCCUUGUUGUCACGAAGGGCACCACUCACAGCGCUGGCUCACCACACCAGCCUAUACCAAACCCUACCAGGCAGGGGUGUGCAUGCCCUCUGCCGGCAAGCUUGGCUGUGGAGUGUCACCUGCCCAAGAUGCGUGGGCUUACACCACCACCACCACCACCACCACCACUUCUUGGUCAGGAUGGAAUGUAAAGAACAUGAGAAAACAAGGGUUGGUGUAGGAAGCCAUCAAGCCUACAUGUGGCAGUCCCUGUAUAAAACAUGCCUACCUGUUUCCACCUGUCAGCCUUGUCCUAAGGGUGUGUGGCAGCUCAUGUGCCUGGGCACGUGAACACACCACUGGAAUACUGACCUUGUAGUGGGCCUAAGUUUUUUCACCAUGCUGUUUCUGCUCCACAUUCAGUGUUUCCAAACAUGCUUUACAUCAAUGGAUAAACAGCAUUAAGUGCAGGAAGGUAUUUGUACUGCAGUGGUGUCACUCUUAUCACUUCUGGGCCAAGCUGGGAAGAUUUAUUAUGGUGGUCAGGUUGUCCAUCUAUCCCAGCUUGACUCAGGACUGUUGCUUGGAAGGUUGUCUUUAGGAUUUGUGCAGGAAUGAUGCCUGGCAGAUGGCAGAACCACAGCAAAGGGUGAGGAGGAGAACACAGCCUCUCAUUAUCUUCUUCUGUCAUGGAAAUACACAUUUACACCUGUGGACAAAAGUUAGACAAUAGAGAGAUUAAUGAAGAACCUUCUUCUUCCUUUUGAAAGUGAGUAAUGUCCAAACAGGGAGUCUCAAAAGUUGUGUGUGGCUCCACCAUCACAACUCAUUCUGGUUGGUGUGAGAGAGAGUGAGAGGCGCUGCCCUUCACCACUUGCUGAUUGGACUGACAGAUGGGAGAGGAUGUUACCGGAAGGUGCAAGACAAACCAGUGCUGCAAUUUGCUUUUCUUGCCAUGAACUAUUAGUACAAUGCUUUUCUAGUCACACAAGCUCCAGCUGAUGAGAUGUGUUCUACGGAUCCCUUCAGUGUGGGAGUGCAAGGAGGACAGUGUGUGUUUGACCUCCUCCUGUGCGGGUAUCUUGUGACCCCUGUACUGUAUGGGGCUUGCGGGACACUGUUGCACUGAUACUCACUGCCUUGCUCUGACAUGGUGGCCGGUGUUACGUGUGUGUGUGUGUGUGUGUGUGUGAGAGAGAGAGAGAUUGUGUGUGCGUUUGUACCUACACACACACACACGUUUGGUCUAUUAGUCAUUAAAUUUUCAGCUUGACAGUACCACCACCAUCAGUGUGUCUUGUGUGUCUGUGUGUGUGUGUGUGUCAGAGCAAGGCUGGCCCAGAGCACAGUGUCCUACAAACCCACCACUUGUCAUUUGACCAGAACCAUGUUACCAGACGGGACAGAAACAAAGGCUGCCUGACCGUCCUCUUCCAGAAAUUAUGAUGCACACCAUUCAAAAAGAUUCCACACAUGUAUGAUAUGUACGCCUUGGCAGGUCAGGAAAAAAAAUUUGACCUUGUAUUAAACAUUUGUAUAGGAUAGAAACAUGAAACACUGAAUUAACAUAAAGUAGGUCAGGGUUUGGUUCGGUCUCUCUCUCUCUCUCUCUCUCUCUCUCUCUCUCUCUCUCUCUCUCUCUCUCUCUCUCUCUCUCUCUC